CAUUCUCAUCGGGAGCUGGCCAGCUAUCAUAUUCUACUGGCCAUACAACCAUUGCUUUCUGCUGAUAAACACUGGGAUUACCCUCCAGCACCUGGGAUUUUUGGUGGACACUUGAGUGGGACCUGCCAAGUACAACCACGGUCUCCCACUGUGGACCCUCAAAGCUGCACAAUACAGCCAUAGCCUUCUACUGGUGGACAAUGCAAGCUGCCCAGUACAACAAAGUAUUCUACUGGGGACCUUGAUAGUGUCGUUAUUUAUCCGUGCCUUCCUCUGAGGCCCAUUGAUGUGAGAAUCCGAGAAAGGAGAGUAAGGCAUUAUUCACUUCUUUCUUUUCACUCCUUUUUUCACACUCGGGACAGAACCAGCAACCCUCAGGAAUGACAGCACUCGGUGGUAGGGUAGGACUGGAUCAACCCGUAUCCAGGAGGAUCUACACCCAGCAAGGACACCAAACCAACACGCUGGAGGGAGAGACAGUAUCACAGAGGAGGAUUCGUGCAGUGGGGCUGCUGCUGUCCGCUCUGCUGUCGGUGGAGUUCGUCCUUUACACCGUAAGUCUGUGCUCCUCCAAGUGGCUGGUGGUGGAACAGCUGGGAGCCAGCCGGGGCCUGUUCUCCGUGUGCAACCUUCACGACGGGCUCACCGCCUGCUACACCCUGCCACCCUGGGUGGGGGCCUACAGCCUGAGCUGGAUGUUCCUGGCAGGCUCUUGUGUCCUGUCCCUCGCUGCCCUCCUCUCCUUCAGGCUCAGAGGUCCUGCUGUUGUUCUGCUGUUCAACAUCUCCUCAGCCACACUGUGUGUCGCUGCUCUGACCGUGUUCUUGGUGUCCUUGGAGGAGCAGCUUCCAGAAAUGCUGGCUACCCAGUACCUGGGUUGGACCUUCUACAUCUGCUGCGGGAACCUCCUGUACACGGUGGUACUGUCUGUGGCCCUGGGUCUUUUCCAUGGAGCCUCCAUCCAGGUUGAACCAGUGCACGCGUGGGCGGGGGUGGACCUGCCUGUCAUAGCGCCCUGACCGUUGACCCAAGAGACGUCAGAUAACUGAAAAUCAAUAUGCAAAUAUGGCAUAUUGUAAGGAAGUUGUGUUACAUAUUUGCAAGUCACAUUUGAUGGGACGGUUGGAAUUAAAAGACUUGGUGAUGUAAAUCCCAAAAAUGCAGAUUUAAAAACAGCUACAAAGUACUAUUUUCAGAAGUAAAAAGACAGCUGAAAUAGGAAUUUAUAUUGUUCAAAAAAAGUUCCAUUCCUUUUUCCAAUGCUUUCUGUUGAUAACAGUUGUACAGCUGUUUCUAUAAAUACAAUUUAACUGACUUUAUCGAUUUAUCCCCAGACCAACGAAAUAUCAAAUAAUGAAUACAUUAUUAACUUUUAAUUCUAGAAAGUUAUGACUUUAACCGUAUAGCCUAAGCAAGACAAAACAAAACUAUUGUGUUGAAUCCAACUUGCAAGCUUGAAUUGUCGUUAUAGAAAAAUGUUGUUUAUCAACUAUAAUAAUCUAGUUUCCUUAAAUGUAUUAGUAUGGCAGCAUGAUUUCAGGCCGAAGGGGCACAACAAUAGGACAUAUGUGUACCAAAUUAAUUAUCAGAGUUGUUGGCAUUAAAUGUAGGUCCAUUAUGAACACUCUGGUUUUAGUAAGGUCAAAGCCCAUUACCAGUGGAGUCAAAGGUGGGGAGGGUAAGCUUUGAGAGUUGCAGAGACCAGGAAAGAGCAAGAUUCAGAAAACAAACAACCAAAACACCCUUGUUUUAUUUUGACUAACUUAAACUGUAGAUUAAGUAUUAAGUAUGAUUCAAUAAAAUCUUUCAAUCGUUGGAACAAGAAAAUUCUAAGUUUUUUGAAAAAGCAGCACUGUUCUUGAAACAUAUUCAAAAUACUUUAUAUAUAGCUCUAUUCAAGAUUUUAAGACACAUUUGCAAACAAGUAUAUAUUUGUUCAUAUUAUACUCUAUUUAUUUUCAUAAAUGGUAGAGCUUGAAAACCAAUCAUUGCAUUGUUAUAUUGCAUUGUUGUAACGGUCAAUGUAAUGUGCAUGACUAAAUGACACCAACUGUCUAGAAUAAAACUGAAAACUGUGUUUAAGCAUCUUCAAUGUUUUUAUUUUCCCUGUUUAUAAUCCACAUUCCUAGCAACAGACACAUAA